UUAUUCCUCCCCGUCGCCCCCAUUAUCAAAACCCUUAAAAUUGGCCGAGGCAGAAGCCUCUGCCUCCUGCUUCCAUAAAUCCAUUCCUCCUCCCGUCCCCUUCCGAGAGGCACCCUCCCGGGCUGUUCCCCCACCCCACCCCACAGCUCUCCCUGCAUGUUCAUGGUCUCCCUGGAUCCUGCCUGGCUGGCCGACAGGCAUGUCUGGAGAUGGGGAAGGGGAAGAUGCCUUCGGUCCCAAGGAUGUCCUGCUCUAUUCCCCUGACAGUGGCCCCUUUGUGGAGGAGACGGAGGAGGGCAGCUCUGUUUUGAGCUGGACUUGGGAACAGAGCACAGCCUCCUCUCAGUGGAGCCCAGAGCCUGAAGCCACCAGGAGCACGCCCCCCAAAACGGACCGUCAGGAUGACAGCAACCCCGCAGAGAAAGCUCUUCAGAACUCAGAGACCAUGGGCCGGGGCACAGGUCCCGAGACGACCUAUAUUCUGGGCCCAGACCGACAGGCCCAGGAGGAGGGCAAGGAUUCACUGCUGUCCUCAGAUCUUCACGUCCAGCCUUCUCUUGCACCAACAGAGAGAAAAGCACAGUUCUUGGAGAAGCUUCAUGUGGCUUUACAUGACAUCUUAGCUGAAAACUGGGGGAAGAAGCUUGGGUCCACAGGGAAGGGGGAGAGAUCCGUGGAAGCUGAAAGUUGCCCCGACCUCCAGGAGUUCACUGGAGAGGGAAGUCCUCCAGGAAUCAACCAGAGACACUCCAUCAACUACAUGGAGAACCCCCCUGAAAUGAGAUGGCUCACUCCAGUGGCCUUUCCUGAAUGCCUCUCUGAAGUGUGUGAACAGGGCAUCUUCUCUCGCCUGGCCCUGGGGCAGGACAUGUGUGUGGACUGUCCUCUGGAUGCUUGUGAGGAGGCAAAGGAAGGAGAAAAAGGCAAGAGACAACAGCCUGACGCCUCACCUCCUUCCCCUAGCCUGACCCUGGAGAGGGCAAAUAAGAAAAGCAGGCUGUCUACCAACUUCAGGCAGGUGAGGAGGAGGAGGAGGAACUCCAAGGAAGAAGGAUCCUGGAGGAGGGAUGAAAGGAAAGGCCGAGACUAUCUAAGCCCUGCACAGAGUGCGGGGAGGGUAGACCCCAAGUCCCCAGGAAGCUCUUUUCGGAACAGCAGCCGGGAGACUUGUGGAGAAAUGGGAACCAUUGCUGGGACCUCCCUGACUGUUGAAAGAGGGCAUAAACUAACUGGGAAGACCCAGCAGUGGACCUGCCAGCAGAGAGCCCUCUCCACAUUUCCUGCCUCAUUUUCUCCCCAUAGCCCCACUGAUCCUCUCUUGCCCAAGGGGGCUGGAAUAGGGGAGCCCUCUGGCCACACCCCCAGUGGGCCUCAGAGAUGCACGGUGACUGCUACUUCAGCUAUGGAGGCCCUGGGUCCUCCUGGGAGACCAGCUGUGCCCAAUGUAAUGCCAGUCUCUAAGACUUCCUGGAAAAAUCCUGACCAGUGCCCACUGGCUGCUUCCUGGGAUCCACUGACUUCGCCUUCAUUCUCUAGACUCUCAGGGGACGUCUCAACAGAACACGAAGAUCUUGGUUUUGCUAUGGUGGCCAAGGCUGGGGAUGAUGAUACUGGCCUCUCAGACAUUGCUGAGGAACUGGAAUCUGCUGUUGGCAAAGGAGCUGUGGGUGCCUCUGAUGCCAACAGGCAGGCGACGCUAGGCUUGCCUGUUAGGCCCCAAGGUUUCUCCACCACAAGCCAACCCUGUGGCCAGGCUGGCCUGGGUUUCCCAUUAACCAAGUCUUCCUCAAAGGGACUUGUGGCCAGUGGAGCCAGUUUGGACCCUGAAGUGGCUGAACCGUCCAGCAGACCCUCUAGACAUCGUCGAAACAGACCCAGAGCUGGAGAGAAGCCACGGAAGGGGUUGUUGUCCACUGCCCAGGAAUGGGGCAGGAACGGGGGCUCCAGACCAGAGGAGAGCACCAGAGAUCGGGAGCCAGCCAGAGUAAGCAGAAGCAGAGGGGAGGAAGAGCGGACAUUGCCUCGUCUGCCAAAUGGCGUGAAACUUGUGUGUUACUUGGGGUCUGGGUCAUCAGUCAAACUCCUGGGGGCUGUGAGCCAAGCAUGGGAACCCAGACAACCAGCACAGUUGGAAGAACUGGAGGACCUCUCAGGAACCAGCUCAGAGGCACCUUCCCGGGGAUCCCAGCUUCCCUCCAGUUGGGCCAAGGGGCCAAAACAGGAGAGAGGGGCAACCAAAGAUGUCUUGAGUGGAGGAGAGACAAAGCAGCCGGGUAGGGCCUCUGUGCCAAUGACGCCGGCAGAGAAGGCACCACCCUCGGCAGAGACCAAGGCGAGGGAGCAGAAGAGACGUCCAGCCAAGGAGAAGCCGCCGUCGGUGCCAGGCCCUUCCCUGCAGCUCUCAGGGGAGCAGGUGCGCAGUGCCGUGGCCGAGUCCCUGAGGGAGGUGCUCCUGAAACGGCUGCAGGAGCCUGCCAACCUGGCUGUGGGAGAGGAGGCAGUGAGGGGCAUUGCUGCCAACAUCGAGGCUGCCAUCUUUGACCUCAUGCAGUGCACUGACUACCGCUACAAGACCAAAUAUCGAAGCCUGGUGUUCAACCUCAGAGAUCCCAGGAACAAGGACCUGUUCCUCCAGGUGAUCCGUGGAGACAUCACCCCGCAGGGCCUGGUUCGAAUGAGUGCCACUGAGCUCGCUUCCCAGGAGCUGGCCGAGUGGCGCGACCGAGAGGUGAAGCAUGGCUUGGAGAUCAUCGAGAAGCAGCAGCGAGAGGCUCCAAGCUUUCGGGUCACCAAACUGACCCACAAAGGGGAGAUUGAAAUCCAUACAGAUGUGGACCAGACCCUAACCUUGGAGGACUUGACCGAGCCAGCCUCCCAUCUGGAUCUGAGCCUGCGCCCCCAGGCCGGGGCCACUGAGUCGCAAUCUGGACGGGACACCACAGAGCAGCACGAGAGCCAUUUCCUGGACCCUGACUGCCGAGUCUGCAUGGGCUGGGAGGCCCCUCGAGGGGGCAGGGGCUUCCAUGUCCCCAGGAGCAUCCCACCCUCCAGAAGCAAAGUCACCAGCACCCCACAGAGACUCUCUGGCCCUGCCUCCUUGCCUCGAGUAGACGCCCCGCUGCCAGGGACCUCCAAAAGCAGAACCGGCCCUCGGACCCAGCCCCAGGACAGGCCCGAGCCGGCCUCCUGCCCGAGGCAGGCUCUGAAGUCCAAGGCCUUGCCAGGCCGGCCACUGUGGGAAGGUGCCCUGGAAAUGUUCUCCAUCAAGAGAUUUGCUGCGAAAGCCCACGUGGUUUAUGGCUCUGGUAGCCAGCUGAUCCAGGCUUUGCCCAAGGUGAUCCACUCGGCAGGCUGUGUCCUCCCUGAGGUUGUCUGGGAUUACUUGGACAGCAUCUGGCCAUCAGAAGCCAAGGAGAUCAGCGUGGUGCGGCUGUGCCCGCGGGGCGCCCGCGAUGCCCAGAACUACAACAUGCUCUACUCCUACCUCAACAACAAGCAGCGCUACGGCAUGGUGGCCAGUGAGCACCUGGACAUGUUCCUGGUGCCCCUGCCUGCUUUCCAGCCUGUGCCCCCCAAGCUGCGCCCCCUGGGAGGCCCAGGCCUGGAAGCCACUCACUGCAGCCUAGUGCUGGGACUGAUCCUGCCCAAGGCACCGCCCGGCAGUUCCCGCCUCAACGGAACCAGCUCGCUGCAGGAGAAGAAGCGCAAGACGGUCACCUUCAAAGAGACGGUAGAGACCAAGUGCUACUCGCCAGGGUGCAGGAACGUCCCCGUGGCCAAGGCCGGGCCUUCCUGGGCGCCUCGGCCGGACCUGGAUGGCCCCCCGCCGUGGGAAGAGGUUUCAGCUGACCUCCUGGAGGAGGUGGCCGGCCGCCUGGAGCAGGAGCCGCCCGACGCCGGGAGGGGCCCCUGCAGCUUCCCCUUCUGCUGCCAGCAGGACGGGGAGGGCCCCGGGCCGGACGGCUCCUGCCCCGCGGGCGGCCUGGGCCCCUCGGAGCCCCUGGCGGGCUGGGCUCAGCUCGGCGCCGGCGCCAGGGCCCAGGGGCAGCGGGCCCAGCCCUUCGGGGACGGCGUGGGCCCCGGGCUGCUGCCUCUGGCCCCUCCCCUGCACCCCGAGUGCGGGGGCCUGACCCCGGAGCUGGGGGCCCUGGGCCUGCUCCAGCUGGCCGGCUUGUUCCACUUCGGCAGCCCCCCGGCCGUGGCGCUGGCCCCGGCCCCCGGCCUGGUCCCCCACCCUCCGGCGGCCGACUGUUACCACCCCUACCCCGAGCACGGGAACGCGGCCUGUCCCCACGGGCCCGCGGGGGCGGCCUGCCCCCCGGCCCACGGCCCGCUGCUCCCGGCGGGGGAGGCCCUGUCCCUCAUCCAGCACCUGGAGGCCUUGGUGAAGAUGAACAGCCAGCUGCAGGCCUCCCUGCAGAUGUCGGCCCCCGAGCCCGCCCUCCCCGGGGCCCCCGGAGCCCCAGGCCCGCUGGGCAUGGAGCAGGCGGGCGGCGAGGCCGAGGGCCAGCCGUGCCCCCCCCCUCCCCUCUUCCUCGCUCCCUUCUGCGGAUCCGAGCAGCCUCCUCCUGGCUAUUGAAGGCUGCUGCGGAGCCCUCUUGCCCUCAGGCUGGGGGCCACCAGGCCUGCCGGGGCUGGGCCUUCCCCUAUCCCACAGCAGGCUGGAGCCACCGGGCAGGCCUGGGUGCUGGGGCGGGCACCUGCCCCCAGCCUGCCCUUCCUGGCCCGCUUCUGUUUUUGUUCAGGGUUCAAUAAAAAGUAUCCGCAAGCCUU